AUGCCUCAGGUCCCAACAGUUCGCCUGGGAUCCACUACGAUCCUCAGCAGUGUCCAACAACCUCUUCGCUCUUUAUCUUCUUCUCGUCUGCCUGCCGCAGCUUCAAACCGCGCAUCUUUACGAGUUUGUCGCUUCUCCCCGGCUCCGAAACCAUCGUGUCGGGCAUAUUCUUCCACAGCCACUCCUCCCCCUCCUCGAUCUCGUCUCCGCCGCUUCCUUGGCUUCACGUCACUCGCCGUUUUUGCCUUCAUCGCCGGAGGAUCCUACCAGACCUUGAAGACCGCCUCGGGCAUGAUGGACCUCCGACUAAGCACCGACGAGGAGACCCUCUCCGCCUUCAUCCCCGGCGAUGAAUUCACCAAGGAAGUAGACGACUAUAUUCGCAAUCAUUCACUGGCCGUCUCGCUGCGCGAGGACCCCGCCUUCACCGAAUCUCGCCCACACUUAAAGAUGCCAGCACAGAUGCGCGCGCGCAGUCUCACGGGCGGAACGCUGGCCGGGCCAGAGAUGAUCGUCGUGCCGCCGUUGGUUUUCUGCGAGGAGGGCGGGAAGAGCCUGGUAUCUCUGCUCUACCUUGGUCCCAGCCUCUGCGGGCAUCCCGGAAUCGUGCACGGCGGUCUCCUGGCCACCUUGCUGGACGAGGCCAUGGGCCGCUGCUGCUUCCCCGCACUGCCGAACCGCGUCGGCGUCACCGCCAACCUGAACCUCGACUACCGCCUUCCCGCAAUGGCGGGUAACUACGUCGCGCUGCGAGCAGAGACGGUCAAGGUAGAGGGUCGCAAGGCCUGGGUGGAGGCGCGCAUCGAAACUCUACCAGAAGAUGGCAAGGAGCCGAAAGUCCUGGUAGAGGCGAAGGCGCUCUUCAUUGAGCCUAAGCAGGCUGCGGCAAUGUCCUCUCUAUACAACGUCACCGCUUAG